CGAGCAGGUGACCGAGGGACGCCUCCACGUCGCCAAAGAGACGGUGAAUACGCUCGGUGCACUCGGCACCGCGAAUGAACGUCUUGUAAUUGGCGAAGGCCAGGUCGCGCGUCUGCUGCAGCAGCUGGGCCCGCUCCUCCGCCAGGCGCUCCGGUUCACGUCGCAGCCGGUCCAGCCCCGAGCCGCUCAACUCCCGGAGAUAGCGGCCCACGUCAGGUUUCUCACGCCAUUGGGCCUCAGGGAAGCGGUCUCGGAACAGCGACGCCAAGAGUCCUUCAUCUUCCACCUCCCCCAGCGCAGCUGCUGUAGCUGUCGUCGUGGCCGAAGCAGUCGUGGAGGGCUGGAGCGGGAGAGCAGUCGCCAUCUUUCCACAGUACAGUCACUUCCUUUCCAGAACCGUGUUUUGCUCCUGGAAACGGAAACAGUUGGGAAACACUUCCUGUCUCUAUGGUUUCUAAUCUAGCCGGUUUUCGGUCCCUAGAAGUCCGCCAAGGCACGAGGGUCUCGAGAGCCAAGCUAGCGGGAAAAUGAGGCCUUUGACUGAAGAAGAGACCCGGGUAAUGUUUGAGAAGAUUGCGAAAUACAUUGGAGAGAAUCUACAACUCCUGGUGGACAGACCCGAUGGCACCUACUGUUUCCGGCUGCACAACGACCGAGUGUACUAUGUGAGUGAGAUGAUCCUGAAACUGGCCGCCAACAUCUCCGGAGAUAAGCUAGUGUCACUGGGGACGUGUUUUGGAAAGUUUACUAAGACCCACAAGUUCCGGUUGCACGUUACAGCUCUGGAUUACCUUGCACCCUAUGCCAAGUAUAAAGUAUGGAUAAAACCUGGAGCAGAACAGUCCUUCUUGUAUGGAAACCAUGUGCUGAAAUCCGGUCUGGGUCGGAUUACUGAGAACACAUCUCAGUACCAGGGAGUAGUGGUUUAUUCCAUGGCUGACGUUCCUUUGGUGAGUAGCAACGGUAGCCAAUGCCGAGUACCUGCUGAAAAGGAUGUAGUUUCAGUCAGCACCUCUGAGGCUGACUGCUUGGCCCCCUUCACAUUUCUCAAAGAUACAACUGUCUCAGCAUAGUUUUUGUUUUGUUUUUUGCUUUGUAAAUGAGUGAGUUAGUGUCUGUUCUUUCGA